GUGGGGACGGACGCGCGGGCCCCACUUCCCUCCUCUCCCUGGCUCCCACGCGCGCUCGCCACGUGGCCGCGGGAGCCACGUCGCGCGCCUUCCCAACCCUUCUUCCCCGGCGGCAGCAGAAGCAUCCCAAACCCUCUGCUCCCCUCGCAUCUUCCGCCUUUCUCCAGCGGGUCCGUGCGCCUCGCGUCGCUUCCCUUCCCUUCCCUUCCCUUCCCUUCGCGGCAUCGCUAUAUAAACGCGCGCGCGCGCGCCCGGCGCCGGUGAUCGAUCGGUUGACUGCAGUCAAGUUCAUGGGGCUCGAGAUGGAGGAGGUGGCUGCGCCUACGGCAGUGGCGGCGGCGGCAAGGGAGCAAGGGGUGGAGAUAUACCCGCUCAGCCGCUACUACUUCGGCGCCAAGGACGCCUCUGGCUAUCCCCGCGGCGUCGAGACGGCCGCCGACCGCGCUCUUCGGCUCAAGGCCAACUUCGCGGCUCACGGGCUCCGGACCAGCGUCCACGGCGUCCUCCUGGUGGAUCUGUUUGAUCAUCCCCACGUGUUGCUGCUGCAAGUCCGGAACUCCUCUUUCGUGCUCCCGGGAGGCCGCCUGAGGCCCGGAGAGGAAGAUGUCCAAGGGCUCAAGCGCAAACUCUCGAGCAAGCUAUCAGUUGUCGACGACGGCCAGGCCACUUCUGAAGAUGUGGACGACUGGCAGAUUGGGGAGUGCAUUGGGAUGUGGUGGAGAUCUGAAUUCGAGGCCGUUCCAUUUCCAUACUUGCCUCCGAACUUUCGCACUCCGAAGGAAUGCAUCAAGCUGUUCCUCAUUAGGCUGCCGAUGUCUCGGCAGUUCAUCGUGCCGAGGAACAUGAAGCUGCUGGCCGUGCCUCUGUCCCAGCUUCAUAACAACGCCCAGGUUUAUGGUCCAAUCAUAUCUGGGAUUCCAAACCUGCUGUCCAAGUUCUCCUUCAACGUCAUCAGCGACUGAGAUGUGUAACCCAGAGCUCAAGACUUUGGAAGAGACUUGCAUACUUUAGCUGGCCAUUGAACAGCAUGCGAUGCGGACAAUAUCUGAUGGAGCUUUGUAAUCACCAGCAGCUCAUUUUUAUGUUGUAUAACGUUUUCUUUUAAUAUAUUGAUAUGUAUUGUAUUAACGUUUCUUGUGACCUUUUUUUUGCCAUGUGAAAAUGAAUCAAUCUUGUACAAAAACGUUGCUUUGUUACAGUUGCUAUCACAGUCCUGGGCUAAGCACACCCUUCUUGGAAACAAA